AAGAAAGCCAUCCCUCACAACCAGUCCAGAAGAGCACCACGCCAAUCGAAGAGAUGCUGCUUCCAUCUUUCAGCCUCCUUGCCACAGUGAGCACCCUGCUCUCACUGGGUGCCACCCACAACAUCCAAAUGAAGGCGUACAUGCGCGAAUGCUUCCACGAGCAGCUGCAUAAGGACGACAAGAUGACGGUCACGUUCCAGGUCGGUGACCGGGAAUUUGGAGGCAGCGGAAACCUGGAGAUUGACUUCUGGAUUCAAGCUCCCUCUGGCUCCAACCAAAUCCACGAACGUGGCGUAUCCUCGGGCGACCACUCCUUCGUCGCACAAGAAGAUGGGAAAUAUACAUACUGCUUCAACAACGAGCAUUGGGGUGCAAACACCAAGGAAGUCUCGUUCAAUGUACACGGCAUCGUAUAUGUUCCUGAAUCAGAGGCACCCCAGGAUCCGUUGGAGAAGGAGGUUCGUACUUUAACGGAGCUCAUUUCUCAGGUCAAGGACGAGCAGGGCUAUAUCGUAGUUCGAGAAAGGACACACAGGAACACGGCUGAGAGCACUAACGCUCGUGUCAAGUGGUGGAGCAUAUUCCAGCUGUUUGUUUUGGGUGGCGAGGGAAUUUUCCAGGUGUGGUGGUUGAAGAGGUUCUUUGAGGUCAAGCGAGUAGUGUAAAACACUUCUCUAAUAUUAUAUCUUAUCAUUGGGAUCUGGAUCUUCAUUGGCUGUAUCCACAGGUGCGCCAUGUUAGACCCUUAAGUUGUAGCAUUUUGGCUUCUCGGCGUUCAUACGCAUGCUGGGUAGGUAUGCAGGAGGGAAAGAGCACCUGCAUGGAGUAAAGGCGGUGGUUGCCACGAUAAUCAGGACAGUUUCAACGGAGCACAAUCAAGUCUUCACUUCAUAGCUUCAUUUCACGUGUUGUGGUUGUUGUUGUUCUUCUUCAUUUC